AAAUUUUGGAAUUGUAUUACAUAAAAGCUUAGAAAAAUAGUUUAAUUUUUGUGGAUUCUUUAAUUUUCUCGGGUUUCUUGUCGCGGGAUGGCAUCUUUACUGCGGUCGCUUUCGGCCAUUGCUCGAAAUGGAUUGAUUCGUCCAGCAGUAGCCACAACUAUCCGCUGCAAAUCGGAAACGGCUGCCGAAACGAGACCGACGGUUCGCAAACCAGAUGAGUUAGCACGGUCUGAAUUGACUGACUUUGGAAAAUAUGUUGCGGAAUGUUUGCCGAAGUACGUUCAGAAAGUACAAUUAACCGCCGGUGAUGAACUUGAAGUACUGAUUGCACCGGAAGGUGUUGUGCCAGUCCUUCAGUUUUUAAAAGACAACCACUUGGCACAGUUUUCCAACCUGGUUGACAUUGCCGGAAUGGACAUUCCGAGUCGACAGUAUCGUUUCGAAGUAAUCUAUAACAUUUUGUCGUUGCGCUACAAUGCGCGUAUUCGUGUCAAAACCUAUACAGACGAAUUGACACCAAUUGAUUCGUGCAAUGAGGUAUUCAAGGCAGCUAAUUGGUAUGAGCGUGAGAUAUGGGACAUGUACGGAGUAUUCUUCGCCAACCAUCCUGAUUUGCGUCGAAUUUUAACCGAUUACGGUUUUGAAGGGCAUCCUCAACGACGCGAUUUCCCGCUGACUGGCUACGUUGAGUUGCGCUACGAUGACGAGAAGAAACGGGUUGUUUGUGAGCCGCUCGAGUUGGCUCAAGAAUUUCGUAAAUUCGAUCUAUCAGCGCCAUGGGAACAGUUUCCGAACUUCCGAGAUGCCAAUCCGGCCACCGAGGAAGUUCCAACUGAUGAAAGUGAAAAGAAAUAGGAUCAGCAGCAACGCUAUGAUUAGUUGGGGGCUUUGAAUGCCAAAUAAUGAAGUAUAAAAACAGACAUCCUUUUGGCUUUAAUGGAUUUUGUUUAUAUUACCGCCAUUGACUGCAUAAAAAUAUAGCGAAACGAUUUUCCACACAUGAAUGGAUCAAAUUAG